AUGCAGGAUCAGGAGGACACAGUAACGCAGGACCAGGAGGGCACAGUAACGCAGGACCAGGAGGGCACAGUAACGCAGGACCAGGAGGGCACAGUAACGCAGGACCAGGAGGACACAGUAACGCAGGACCAGGACGACACAGUAACGCAGGACCAGGACGACACAGUUACGCAGGACCAGGACGACACAGUAACGCAGGACCAGGAGGACACAGAGGACACAGUAACACAGGAACAGGAGGACACAGUAACGCAGGAUCAAAAGGACACAGUAACGCAGGACCAGGAGGACACAGUAACGCAGGAUCAAAAGGACACAGUAACGCAGGACCAGGAGGACACAGUAACGCAGGACCAAGAGGACACAGUAACGCAGGACCAAGAGGACACAGUAACGCAGGACCAAGAGGACACAGUAACGCAGGACCAAGAGGACACAGUAACGCAGGACCAGGAGGACACAGUAACGCAGGACCAAGAGGACACAGUAAUGCAGGAUCAGGAGGAUACAGGUAUCACUUUAAAGAGAGAACCUCCUCAUGAGCAAAGCAUGGUGUCUACUUCAGAGAUUGAGAUUUGCACACAGGAUAAAGACAGUAAAUUUGUCACUGAGUCCAACAAGCUUGGAGGGAACAUAAAACUGGAUCUAAAAGUCAAGAAGAAAAAUUACAAUCGAUACUGCAAACCGCCAUACUCCUACCUGGCCAUGAUCGCCCUGGUCAUCCAAAACUCUCCUGAGAAGAAACUCAAACUGUCACAGAUCCUGAAGGAGAUCAGUCUGGUUUUCCCAUUCUUUACAGAAGAUUAUGUGGGGUGGAGAGACUCCGUUCGGCAUAACUUGUCAUCAAACAGCUGCUUCCAGAAGGUGCUGAAAGACCCCACUAAGCCAAAAGCCAAGGGAAACUUCUGGACAGUAGAUGUGACCCAAAUUCCUGCAGAUGCAAUGAAGAUCCAGAACACAGCAAUGACACGGUCUGAAUCCAAAAUAUUUGUUCAGGACUUGUCUCCGUUCAUCUUAAAGGGCUGUAAAUAUGGUGCUAAGGGGGGUACACUCCAGCUGAUGUCAGAUACUGGUAGUUCCUCUGAAAGUCCUAUGACCGUUGGAGAAGAGUCACUCCAAACUAUCUCUACAAACAAAUUCAACACGUCUUUCAUGAUUGACACUCUUCUUCAUGAUUUACAGGAUGUGGAUUUGCCAGAACUUUCCAAUACACUAGACAACCAAAUGCAUUCUGAGAUUAGUGCUGGGAGCGUCAUGUGGAGCACACACUCUUCACUUGGAAGCUCCAGGAGCCAAGAAGGUUCCACUAACAAAUCUGUAUUAUCUUCUAUGUCCAGCAUGUCUCCUGACUCUCCACUGAGCUCUGAUGAUGAGAAAGAAAGACAAAAAGAUUUGCCUGAAAGUCCAGCACAGAGAAAAUGUCUCCUUACCAAACGACCAAGAGAGGAUGAAGACACCAGCAGCAACUGCACCGAAUCUGAUGAAGGAAGUUAUUCUCCCUCUGAAUUCCCCCAAAAUCAUCUCCAUAAUGUGUGUGAUUUACCAACGUCAUACACAAAGAGUGUGGCACCAAAUGUAGUGGCACCACCCAGUGUCCUGCCCUUUCUCCCAAUUCCCCACUUUACUUAUCACACUUAUGGCUCUCGUCCCUUUUUCAGUACAUCCUAUUGGGGACUAGUGCCACCACCUACCAAUCCAGAAGUUCAAACCCCAGGAACACGUCAACCAUCAUUAGAUCUAGACAACCUGCUAAGAGCUGUGCCACCCAACAAAAGUGUCUUUGAUGUUAUGACUAGUCAUCCCGGGGAUCUUGUGCAUCCAGUCUUCAUCAGUCAAUAUCUUGCCAGCAAUGCAGCAUAUCCCAGCCCAAACCUAAUGUAGUUCUGCUUCAUGGGGUGAAGGUGUAUCCAGCAGAGUCUUAGGACUACAGGAGACCCUUUCUGUGAAUUGAACUCCCAAAUCCAUAAAUU